GGAUAUUCUCCCCAAGAACAAAAACCCAAAGAUCUCCACGUCCCUCAUCCCCACACAUCAUCUGACUCUCUUUUGCUCGAUCGAAUCGAGCUUCGCUCCUCUCUAUCUCUCUCUCUACCUCUUCGAUUCCACCGAUCGCGACUCGCCAAUCCCCGACCCCGGCGAGCUCUCCGUCCGCCCUCCUUACCCCUCCUCUUUGAUCCCAACUGAUCGCCGCCGCCGCCUCCGCCGCCGCCGCCCGUCUCCGGUGGCCCUCCCGAGGAGCCGUCCCCAAUCGGUCUCCGGCGUUCGCUGGCCUCCCCGCUCUGUGGUUGAUCUGGCUUCGUGCGCCUGCGGUCUCCUUCGGUCAUCAGGAUCAUUUGAUUUCCUUGGACAUACACAUUUCGUCAGAAGUGCGAAUUGUAUGUUGAGAAGGCGACAGAACAGUUGCCGGUUGAAGUUAUUUGCACCGACAGUACAGUUUGUAUGUGUUUACCUAUGAGAUGACAUCUCGGGGAAGGCCCAUGUUUGAUCUGAAUGAACCUCCUCCGGGGGAUGAUGAGAAUGACACUGUCAACAGCAUGCUGCCGCAGAAGGCUCUUCCAUCUUCAAAUCCUCACAGUUCGACCGUGCUUGCAUCUUCAGUAGUUCCGCAGAGAAUUGUCAACAAUAAUGCUUUCUCACAUGCAUCAUCUGUGUCAGGUUUUCAACCUUUUGUUCGUCCCAAAGCUGCUCAUAUGCUGGGUCGUGUUGAGCAGAAGAAUGCAGGGGAUAGGAAUUGCAAUGUUGCCUCGUCAUCAAAAUUGAGUGAUGCUGCGGAGAAGAAUCCAGUAAGUCUGUUGGUUUCUGACUCUGUGGCAGGUCGUAAUGUUGAGAGAGAAGAAGGUGAAUGGUCGGAUGAUGAUGGCUCUGCUGAUCCACAUAGAUCUAGCAGUUUGCAUGAACCAGGCAAAGCUUCACGAGGAAAAGGAACGAGUGAAUUGGAGGAUACUAAUGCUUCAGGGUUGGUUAAUGAGAUUGUUUCUUGCAAUGGAAAAAUUUCUGAAAGUGGUGGAGUUGAAAAUUCAGCUUCUGCACCUACUGGACUAAACUUGCAUCCAAAUGAUUCUGAAAGCAACGACAGCCACAAUGUCGAGGGCAAUGCUAAAAUAGAUACUUAUAAUGGUGUUCAGGAGGAAGAUAUCAGCGGUACAAAACAAAAAGAAGUCAAAGGCAUUGAGGCGAGCUAUGCUCUGAAAUGUGCGAAUAAUCCAGGAAAGAGGAAGAUGGACCAACAUAAAGAAGCUAUGCUAGGCAAGAAGCGCAACAGACAGACCAUGUUUCUUAAUUUGGAGGAUGUAAAGCAAGCUGGACAAAUGAAGACUUCGACUCCAAGACGACUGAACUUUUCAUCAACUACAAGCACUCGUUCUGCGAAAGAAACUCGAACUAUUCCUCCUCCUCCUGAACGCGUUGUCGAAAAACUGGGUCAAUCCAUAUCUAAGGACCUGAAAAGAUUGGACGUAUCUGCUAUUGAAGGAGGCAAUACUGCUGAGCAGAGUGAUUCUAAGUCCGAAUGCAAUGGUGAUGUAGAUGGCGGAGUACUGGCUAAGCCUAAGAAAAUGAUUAACAGUAAUGACCCAUCUGCUGAAGUUUCACAACCUUCAAGGCAGAGUUCCUGGAAGCAACCCAUGGAUCUGAGACAGCCGAAAAGUUCUCCACUUCCUAGCAAGAAGCCAGGUUUAAUCAGUCAGAUCUCCCUGGAUUUAAAGUCGAUGAAUAAGAAGCAUCUUGCUCCUAAGAAACAAACGAUAAUUAAUUCUACUUAUCAAGAUACAUCAGUUGAGCGCCUGAUACGUGAGGUGACCAAUGAGAAAUUUUGGCAACAACCUGGGGAGACUGAUCUACAAUGUGUUCCUGGUCGAUUUGAGUCUGUAGAAGAGUAUAUCAGAGUAUUUGAGCCUUUACUUUUUGAGGAAUGCCGUGCACAGCUUUACAGUACAUGGGAAGAGUUAAGUGAAACAUUUUCAAGAGAUACACAUAUAAUGGUUCGAGUGCGGAAUAUCGAAAGGAGGGAAAGAGGAUGGUAUGAUGUGACGGUUCUUCCAGUAAACGAGUGCAAAUGGAUGUUUAAGGAGGGUGAUGUUGCGGUUCUUUCAACCCCUAGGCCUGGAUCAUUCAGAUCCAAAAGAAACAAUUUCUCUGUCAUUGAUGAGGGGGAUGAGCCUGAUAUAACUGGACGUGUGGCUGGUACGGUUAGACGAUUUAUGCCUAUUGAUACGCGUGAUCCCCCUGGGGCAAUCCUUCACUUCUAUGUUGGCGAUUCAUAUGAUCCCAGCAGUGAGGGCAAUGAAGAUCACAUCUUAAGGAAACUCCAGCCUAGGGGCAUCUGGUAUUUAACUGUCCUGGGCUCUCUUGCUACCACUCAACGGGAGUAUAUUGCUUUGCAUGCAUUUCGUCGCCUUAAUUUGCAGAUGCAAACAGCGAUACUUCAGCCUAGUCCCGAGCAGUUUCCUAAUUAUGAGCAGCAGAUCCCUGCCAUGCCAGAGUGCUUCACUCAGAAGUUUGCAGAACACUUAAACAGGACCUUUAACGGACCCCAACUGUCAGCAAUUCAGUGGGCUGCUAUGCAUACGGCCGCUGGUACAAGUAGUGGGACAACAAAGAGGCAAGAACCUUGGCCCUUCACUCUCGUUCAGGGGCCUCCAGGUACAGGCAAGACACAUACUGUAUGGGGUAUGUUAAAUGUGAUCCAUCUGGUUCAGUAUCAACAUUAUUACAACUCAUUGCUCAAGAAACUGGCACCUGAAAGCUACAAGCAACCUAGCGAGGGCAGUUCUGAUAAUAAUGCAACUGGAUCAAUUGAUGAAGUUCUUCAGAGCAUGGAUCAGAGUCUUUUUCGAACCCUUCCAAAGCUCUGCCCAAAGCCUAGAAUGUUAGUGUGUGCUCCCUCCAAUGCAGCAACAGAUGAGCUUUUGGCUCGUGUUCUUGAUCGUGGUUUCAUUGAUGGGGAAAUGAGGAUAUAUAAACCUGAUGUAGCCCGAGUUGGGGUCGACUCACAAACACGUGCAGCGCAGGCCGUCUCUGUUGAAAGGAGAACUGAGCAACUUCUUGCCAUGGGUAAAGAGGAGGUGUAUGCCUGGUUGCAUAGAUUGAGAAAUAAUGAAGCUCAAUUCUCUCAGGAGAUAGCCGAAAUUCAAUCGAAACUCAACAGUGCAGCUGCUGCUAUUCGUUCUCAAGGAUCCGUUGGUGUGGAUCCUGAUGUUUUGAUGGCAAGGGACCAGAAUCGUGACGCGUUGCUCAAGCAUCUUGCUCAAGCAGUUGAGAACAGGGACAAAGUGCUGGUUGAGAUGUCUCGCAUCCUCAUUGUAGAAGUAAAGUUCCGUACUGGUAGUAAUUUUAACUUGGAAGAGGCCCGCGCCAGUCUUGAGGCAAGUUAUGCCAAUGAAGCUGAGAUUGUCUUCACUACCGUUUCAAGCAGUGGUAGAAAGUUAUUCUCCCGCCUUUCUCAUGGUUUCGAUAUGGUAGUCAUUGAUGAAGCAGCGCAGGCCAGUGAGGUGGCAGUUCUUCCUCCCCUUUCUCUUGGUGCAGCUCGAUGUGUUCUGGUUGGGGAUCCACAGCAGCUUCCUGCCACUGUGAUCAGCAAAGCAGCUGGGACUCUGCUAUAUAGCAGGAGCCUUUUUGAGAGAUUUCAACAGGCUGGAUGCCCAACAAUGUUGUUGUCUGUUCAGUACAGGAUGCAUCCACAAAUCCGUGAUUUCCCUUCCAGGUACUUUUACCAGGGACGCCUAAACGAUAGUGAGAGUGUAGUGAAGUUACCUGAUGAGGUAUAUUACAGGGAUCCAUUGCUUAGACCUUAUAUAUUUUAUGAUAUUACUCAUGGGCGGGAAUCCCAUCGAGGUGGUUCUGUCUCCUACCAAAAUAUACACGAAGCACAGUUUUGUCUCCGUAUAUAUGAGCAUCUACAAAAAAAUCUGAAAUCUACGGGUGUGGGGAAGAUUUCCGUGGGCAUAAUUACACCUUACAAGUUGCAGUUAAAAUGCCUUCAACGUGAGUUUGAGGAGGUUCUGAAUUCCGAAGAAGGGAAGGAUAUUUAUAUCAAUACUGUGGACGCUUUCCAAGGACAAGAACGUGAUGUCAUAAUAAUGUCAUGUGUUCGUGCUUCAAGUCAUGGAGUUGGCUUUGUUGCAGAUAUUCGUCGAAUGAAUGUUGCUCUAACUCGUGCUAAGAGAGCUCUAUGGGUAAUGGGAAAUGCUAAUGCUUUAAUUCAGUCUGAUGACUGGGCUGCGCUGAUUGCUGAUGCCAAAGCCAGAAAUUGUUACAUGGACAUGGAUUCUGUCCCCAAAGAGUUCUACAUACCUAAAGGACCGACUCUUGCUCCCCUGCCAGGUAAGGCUCCUUUGAACUCGAGGGGGUUGAGGUCAAGCGGGAGGCAUAGAUCGACAGACAUGCACACAGAGCCCAGGUCAGCAGUGGCAGCAGAAGAUGACGAGAAGUUGCCAGCAUCCUUAGUUUCUAGGAAUGGAAAUUUCCGGCCUCUUAAGCCGCCCGUGGAGAAUUCACUGGAAGGUGUUGAUCAGGUGGGUGACAGGUCAAGAGAAUCCUGGCAAUACGGCGCACAGAAGAAGCAGCAGAGUUCCUCUGGACCAGUGUGGAAGAGAGAUUACUAAUUGCUAGUCCUCUCUGUAUUUUGAUCUUUGCCAAACUCAGGCUCCACCUUGUGUUCCAUUUAUUCGAAACGUGGAACAUGGUGCUUGCCUUAGGGGUGAAAAGCUCCGAUGGCUGGAGGUGCUGCUCAAACGAGUUAAAAAUGGACGGAAUGAGGUCUCCGCUGAACUACUUUUGUUUGAUAAUUGGAAGUUUCUUAGGAGAUUAGCCAUAGAGAGGACUGGAAUUCCUCAGCAGCCCCACCUUGCACAGGGAACCUUGCUGCAACAUGUCUGGCUGGUCUGCCCCUCUCCCUAUCUGUUUGCUAAGAGCCAGGUAUCAGGCCUUUUAUGGGGACGAGAUGUCUCGGUAAACUUGCUGCCAUCGGAUUUUAAGGUAUGAACCUUGCUUUCUUAAGUAGUUCUCUGAUGAUUACAUGGCGGGGAUAGCGGAGUUUUUACGAGUGUUAUUAAAAUAAAUAAAAGAAUAGAAAGGCACUCAGAAAUCAGAAAUGUAGGCAUGAACGCAAAUUUUAUGCAGACUAGAAAUUUAGAGAUAUAGAUUUUUGUCAAAGGAGUGUUUGACUCUUGAAUGGGCUCUGCUUGCUCAGGCUCUCUCAGUUUCUCUGGGCAUACAAGUGGAUGGUGGACACACUUCUCUAUGACUGCCCCUUCUUUAUUUGCACUGAAGCUUCUUAUAUGUAUGAAAGGAAGGGAAUAAAAGAAACAAAAAAACUUGUGUACUUGGUUGGAAUGCUUUGCUCUUUCUCAAGGGGAAGAGAGACAUAUCUGCAAUGCCUCGGCAAGGUGUGGGAGGGCAUGGAUUUGUAUAUAAGAAUAAUUUCCCUUUUAUUUUUAUUGUAACUUCAUUUAGAGUAGGAAUUCAAUUCUUUGAUUUAGAUUAGUCGAUGCAUGCACUGAGUUAUAUUCUAUACAUUACAUUUGCCGGCGAAAAGGGAAAGGAGGCCUUUUUGUCC